CCAGACGUAUCAGUCCUUCUCCUGCACCAUGGACACGAUGCUGAACGCGUUGGCGUUUUUACUAGUUCUUCUACUAAUCAUAGAAAAAACAGAGUCUCAAGAAUAUGGCAACGCCGUUCCGACACAGGGUUACUUAGCACCAACAAGAGAAACAAAUAAAGAAGACGAAUAUUAUGAAGACGACGCCAGUUACUCCUUCAGGUACAAUGUAGAAGACCCUUUUGCAGGCAACUAUUAUGGCCAUUAUGAAGAGAGAGACGGUGACCACACAGCUGGAGGUUACAACGUACUUCUCCCAGAUGGGAGGCAUCAAAAAGUUUCCUAUACUGUGAGUGGUGACUCUGGAUUUGUGGCACAGGUUGAAUACGAAGGUGUGGCAAAGUUUUAUUCACAACCGGUUAGACAUAACGCAAUUGCAUCACAUGGAGCGUUUGCUCAUUCUCAGUCAUUUAGCACAUCUCCAGGUGAUCACAUUCAUACAGAGCUACUACCUACUCCUCAGGCUCUUACAUUCAGCACUGGCAACGUUGGAGCCCAGCAAACACACAAGGCAGGAGUUUUUGCUGGAACUGCAGGAUUUGAUGCAGGCUCAGUAAGCAAUCUAAAUGCACUUGGUUUUCAAAAUUCUGAGAUAACAAGUUCUCAGCACAUAGUCGCAGAAGGCAGCUCUGAAGUUGGAAGGGAUGAUGGUAUAGUUAAUGCAGGAGCCAGUUCUGCACCCUCUGAAGGGAUCCAUACUGAAAGUCAAACUGGAAGUGGUAUAGGUACAUUUGCACUAGAUGCUGGAAGCAGUCAUGCUACAGGUGGGGGAACUGAAUUUCCAGGGGAUAUUGUCGCAAGUUCAUUUAGUGGUGGUCAUUUUGGAAGCACUGGCAGUCCUUUAGCAGCAGGAGACAUUACUGAUGGACUUUCAUUAGGACAAACAGGGAGCCACGACAGCUCUUUGUCAUUUGGCUCACCAGGUAGCAUUCCAGUUGGAGGAAACACUUUUGUGGGUCAUACUGAAUCUAGCAUUAUCCCUGCUGGUGUCCAGUUGAAUGUUGAUCACAGUGGAAGUGGAGGAAACUUAGGACUUAUCUCACAGAGUCCAGGAGUCACUGUAAUUCCAGUAAGAGAGACGGGUCCUGUUAACAGUGCAUUUGUCACUUCUCAUGAGGCAAACAGUGGAACUGGGUUUGAUGUAAGAUCUUUUGAAGGAUUUGUACCUGUACUUUCUGAAAAUGGAGGUCAAGGAUUCUUAUUUAGCCAGGCGCUGAAUGAAGGAUCUGGGUUUGAAGUCCAACAACCUGGGAUUUCUAAUCAAUUGACAAAUGUAGUUGGUUUAAGUGAUAUUGACAUACAUGCUGGUGGUCUGUCUUCAAUAGCGCUCACUAGUGGAAAUACAGGUUUUGUAGAAGGUACUUCAAAUCAGUUCACAGUUGGUGGUGCUAACAUCUUAGGAACUAGGCACUCAGACUUUAAUAUUGUUCCUAUUUAUAGUGUGGGUACUGAUCUAGGUGUAACAAAUGAACUCUCCACAGUGGCUGAAGGUGGAAAUACAGGUUCUGUAGAAGGGAUAUCAAAUCAACUCACAGUUGGAGGUGCUAACAUCUUAGGGACUAGGCACUCAGACUUUAAUAUUGUUCCAAUUCAAAGUGUGAAUACUGAUCUAGGAGUAACAAAUGAACUCUCAAAUGUGGCUGAGGGUGGAAAUACACGUUUUGUAGAAAGGACUUCAAAUCAGUUCACAGUUGGUGGAGCUAACAUCUUAGGAACUAGGCACUCAGGCUUUAAUAUUGUUCCUAUUCAUAGCGUGGGCACUGAUCUAGGAGUAACAAAUGAACUCUCAAAUGUAGCUGAACUUGGGUCCAGGGGUUUUGAGAUUGGCCAGGUAGGUGGAAUUACUAAUUUACUCAGUAAUGGUGGUGCCAGUUUUGGAGUUAGACCCUCAAGUGGGAUAACUGUUGCAGAGGGAACUGGUAGUGGACCAGUGGGAGGAGUGACUGGUGCAUCACUCGGCAGUAGUAGUGUCGGCUUUGGAGUUAGCCCUUCAGAUGGUUUGCCAGUUGGAAAAGGAAUUAGAAGCAAUGGUUUUGGAUCUAACUUAGUAGAUGAUGAAGGAGGAAGCAGAAGUAGUGAUAUUAGAAUUGGUCAAGUAAGAGGAGUUACUUUUGCACCACUUAUUAGUGGUGGCGGUGUUUCCUCUGAGAUUGGAGCUUCACAAGAAACUGAAUCUACUCUAGGAAUCAGAGAAAGUCGGGGAAGAGUUGACUCGGUUGGAUUCAGUAGUAAUCAUAUUGAUGAAAUCUCAAGUAAUCAAGGCAAAAACCUUGGCGUUGGACACUCAGUAAGUAACGCUGGUGGAAAAAGCAACAGUUUGCCAUCAAUUGAUGUGAAUGCAUUCACUGUAGCACCAGAACCUGUAAAAACAACGGAUAAUAUCCACACAGUUCAGGAAGAUUCGCCUAACCAGUUAGCAGAUAUAGAUACAAGUAGAACAGCACUUCAUACUGGGACAGCAGCAACUGGACACUUCAACCAAGUAUCAAAUUCUGGUUUUCAACAACCUAGCCAGUUAGAGGUUAUAGAUACAAGUAGAACAGCACUUCAUACUGGAGCAGCAGCAACUGGACACUUCAACCAACCAGUUAGAGGUUAUCGAUACAAGUUAGGAAACAAGCACUUUCAUACUUGGAGGGCAAGACAGCAAACUGGACACUUCAACCAAGUAUCAAAUUCUGGUUUUCAACAACCUAGCCAGUUAGAGGUUAUAGAUACAAGUAGAACAGCACUUCAUACUGGAGGAGCAGCAACUGGACACUUCAACCACGUAUCAAAUUCUGGUUUUCAACAACCUAGCCAGUUAGAGGUUAUAGAUACAAGUAGAACAGCACUUCAUACUGGAGGAGCAGCAACUGGACACUUCAACCAAGUAUCAACUUCUGGUUUUCAACAACCUAGCCAGUUAGCAGAUAUAGAUACAAGUAGAACAGCACUUCAUACUGGGACAGCAGCAACUGGACACUUUAACCAAGCAUCAAAUUCUGGUUUUCAACAACCUAGCCAGUUAGCAGAUAUAGAUACAAGUAGAACAGCACUUCAUACUGGGAAAGCAUCAACUGGCCACUUCAACCAAGUAUCAAAUUCCGAUUUUCAACAGCCUAACCAGUUAGAGGUUAUAGAUACAAGUAAAGCAGUGCUUCACACUAGAAAAGCAGCAAUUGGUCGCAUUCACCAAGUAUCAAAUGCUGAUCUUCAACAUCUGCAUUUGCAACCUCAGACCGAACUUGGUGUAACUGUAAUCAAUUUUGGAUCUGAUCUUUCACACGAAAAUUUACGGCCACUAAGCAGUCUCUCAUCGUUGAAUAACAACCAUAUUCCACAAGGAGCAAAGGCAGUUAAAGCUCCAACUAUCAUAGCUGCCACUUUACUUGGAGAUGAUAUUUCAGGUCCCCAUGAAGCAAUCCUCAGGAAGCUGGUUGAUGGGGCUCUUAAAGGUGAUGUGGGUAGUCAUCCUGAUAUUAGAGUAGUACGUGUGGCUUAA